AUGGCGCAAAAGGCUGACAAGGACACCACGGACGCGAUCAAAAAGAUCAAUGUCAUUGUGCCAGGUUCAAACCCUCAAUUUCUACAUUUGGACAUCACCUCACUCAAAUCUGCCCAUUCGGCAGCUCAUGAGUUCCUCGGGAAGGAAGACAGGCUCGAUAUCCUGGUGAACAACGCUGGAAUAGCGUUUACACCAUAUCAGCUAAGCGAAGAUGGCAUUGAGCUGCAGCUUUGCAACGCUAUUGGUCACUUUGCAUUCACGUUCCCAUUGCUAGACUUGCUCAAAAAGACGUCCAAAGAGCCGGGUUCGCAUGUUCGAAUUGUCAAUGUUGCCAGUGUAGCGCACUCGUGGGUAAAGGGCACCCCGGAUUUCUCGUCGGUGGACAGCUUAAAUAGACACUCGUACUUCACUACGGACCGGUACGGCUUGAGUAAGCUAAUGAAAAUACUUUUUACCAACGAGCUACAAAGGAGGCUCAGCUCUACAAGAAUCAUUUGUACAUCAGUUCAUCCUGGUGGGGUAAACACUAAACUUGCAACUGGUGUUUUGCCAGUGAAAUGUCUUCAACAGUCUUUUUUCCCCUGGGCAAUUAGUAAGGUUUUACUGACACCAAAGGAUGGUGCAUUCAAUUCCCUAUAUGCUGCCACAGCACUUGAGUUAGAGGAUAAAGAUUUAAGGGCUGCUUAUCUUCACCCAUUUGGGGUGGUUACUAUACCCUCAGUACUUGCUCAAGAUACGACUCAGGCCAAAAAACUCUGGGACCUGUGUGAAAAACUUGUCAGAGAAAAGGUGGCAGAUUACCAUCCAGAUGGUCCAAAAUCACAUGGGAUGGUGACAAGAACUUCAGAUCUCGCCCAAAACCCGACUCUUGCAAAAACGUUUUGGAAUGUGUACAAGAAACAGACUCUGAAAGAAAACGUGGCAAGUCACCAGUCAAUAGGUGUUCAAAAUGUCCUAGCAUCUUCUUCACUUGUGAAAAGAAAAGUUUUAAUUGCCCAAUAA